CAAGACUAUAUUGCAGAGGAUAACCAUAUUCCUAACCAGAUUUAAUCAAUUAAAGCUCCUUUGUUCAUAUUUCCUUUUCACUGCUGACUGCUAUCUCUGCAGUUAUAGUUAUUACCAUCUCUGCCUUUCUACCCUCGAGCCACAUUUCUUAGUGUACUUGGCUGCAAGACUUUGUAGAUCUUCUGUCUUUUGUUGUUAUUCGACUACUACCUUUUACCCCCCUAUGCUUUAACUUUACUGCUGUAGCUAUAAAUAAAGCAAAAAAGUACAGUUUUCAUUGACUCUAACCUCUAUGCUCUAUGCUCCAUUCACUCUCACCUCUUCCUUUUUCCUUAUAUUUUUUACUCCAUUCUUUAUUUCUUGAGUUUCUGUAUGUGUUUCAUCAAAGUCUAGAAUUAAGUAUAAAUUCUUGAUCUUGUUUUAUUUUUCUAGUAUUCUUCUUGUGUUAGUGAGAAAUAACUUGUUUACCAAGAUUGAGAUUAUGUUUCUUCAGCUUGUUCUUGCUGGGGUGUAUAUUGUUAUGUGCAAAGGUGAAGCAGAUGGUUCUAUAGCUCCAAUGGAGAAAUAUGAGAAAGAGGCAUUGUACUCUGCCAUUCAAGGUUUUGUUGGAAAUGAGUGGAAUGGUUCAUUUCUUUAUCCUGAUCCUUGUGGCUGGACAACAAUUGAGGGAGUAUCAUGUGAUUUCUCCAAUGGCUUUUGGUACGUAACGGAUUUAACUAUUGGAGACCUAUAUGACAAUUCACUUCGUUGCUCCCAAUCUGCAGAGUUCAGAGAACACUUGUUUGCGCUCACGCAUCUAAAAAGACUUUAUUUCUCGAAUUGCUUCAUCUCAGAUCAGCACGAAGAAUUUACAAUCCCCGUAUCAAAUUGGGAUAGUCUCGAGAACAGCCUUGAAUCAUUAGAAUUCCGGUCAAAUCCUGGUCUUACUGGGACAAUUCCCUCAAGUUUUGGCUACCUUAAGAAUCUUCGGUCAUUGGUGCUGCUGGAAAAUGGACUGAAAGGAGAAAUACCGGGAACUUUAGGCAACUUAACUAAACUGAAGCGCCUCGUUCUGGCAGGCAACAAUUUUGUUGGUCCAAUUCCGAGUAGUCUAGCAAGAUUGACAAGUCUUUUGAUACUUGACACCAGUAGGAAUUUUCUAUCUGGUGCAUUACCUGUGACUAUUGGUGAUUUAUCUUCGCUCAUAAAGCUCGACUUGAGCAACAAUCGGUUAAAUGGAAAGUUGCCUAGAGAAAUUGGAGAACUAAAGAGUCUAACACUGCUAGAUCUCAGCCACAACAAUUUCUCUGAGGGGUUGCCAGAGACAUUUCAAGAAAUGGAUUGCUUAGAAGAACUUGUGUUAUCUGACAAUCCGAUACGCGAUUAUGUUGCAAGAAUCCAAUGGCAGAACCUGAAAAGCCUGGAAAUAUUGGAUCUUUCAAACAUGAGAUUGAAAGGGAACAUACCAAAUUCCAUGACAGAAAUGAAGAAACUGAGAUUCCUCAGCCUCAGUAAUAACAUUCUUACAGGAAAUAUUCCAUCAAAAUUCGAGAAAACACCAACUAUUAAUGCUCUAUACUUGGAUGGUAAUGAUUUCACAGGGAAACUUGAAUUUUCACCAAGGUUUUAUACGAAACUAAGGAGUCGUUUUCGAGCUUCAGGUAAUAUGAAUCUCUGCUUGUCCAUGGAGUUAAUGUCAACAAGGCAUUUCCCACAAGGAGUAAAACUAUGUGAACAAGAAAGCACAAUAGACAGUAAAGAUUCAAACCAAAGUUUAAAGGAUGAAUAUAGGAGUCAAAAUCGUCACCAUAUUAUAGCUUCUUUUGGCCACUCAGGCCAUGCUGUUAGUCGUUUUACAUUUUGUUAUGUUGCAAGAAUGAUACUUAUCGCUUUUCUAUCGAUUAUAUUUUUAUGAAUAAAUUUCUUGCCUGAUUCUAUGAGAAAGAAUUUGGUCCUGUAGACUAGA